AUGUCCGACAUUACCACCUUCAUCACCGCCCUUGAGGCCGCCCAGAACGGCGCCCAGUACUCCGCCGAGGUCCAAAAGGCCGCCGCCGGAAUCAACACCGAUGACCUGAAGAAGGCCUACGCCGCCGCCGAGGCCCAGGGAGCCAAUGCUGAGGUCGCGGACCCUGCCCUGAGCGCUGCCCUCAAGGCUGGCUUCGAGUUCGCCGCCAAGCUGGUCAUGGAGCUCCAGUCCGCCCCCGGCAACAACGAGAAGACCAACCUUUACGUUCACUACAAGAUUGGCAACGGAGUUGUGGUUGAGAAGCCUGGCAUGUUCGAUAUGGUGAAGAAGCACCUCUUCUCUAACUACGAGAAGGCCAUCGCAGCCGGAUACAACGCUCAGGGAUCCCAGGCCGCCUACAUCAAGCAGGUCAUUGAGCUGAUCGCUGCUAAGGGUCUUAACUAA